AUGUUGUCGUGCCGUGUGUUGUGUCUGUUGGCCAUUGUGCUCUGCUGUGUGGGUGUGACUCAUGCUGCGGCUUCAGGUCACGAAGAACUUGUUAAGGGAGCACAACAGAAGUUUAAGGAGACUUUGAGACUGAAGGGGGAGUGUGAAGAAGCCACCAAGGCUACUCGACAGGCCGGGGAAGAAGCUGAACGAUUUGUUCUUCACAACAAAGAUAAACUCAAAACAAUUGCUGCUGACCCAGAAGAGGUGAAAAAAACGAAGAUUGAAGGUCAGGAACUCAUUGAAAAUGCAACGAAGGCUGCAGAGAAAGCAAAAGAGGUGCGCGACGAAACAAUAACCAGUAAAGAGAAAACAUACGAAAAUGUCGCUCUUUAUCUUUUGCAAGAUACUGAGGCAGCGGAGAAAGCAGUUAAAGAUGCAGAAAGCGCGAUUUUUGAUGCUAACACAGCCAUCGAAGUUGCGGAAACUAAUGCUGAACGUGUGAAGACUCUCCUGCAGGAACUCGACGACGCAGUUGUUGCUGCCAAAGAGAAGGAAAAACAGGUGGAGUCUCAGCCACACCCACAGACAAAUAAAACAUCUCUUGGUGAGCAGCAAGGUCAUACAGAAGGAAAUCAGACGGAGCAAACACAAAAAGAGAAACAAAGACAGCACUACCGUUCUACUGUUACUAUUAAUAUCCACGGAGAUAAUCUCGAUGCCUUACUCAGUGGUGCAGCGAAUAACAGUGGUAUGGCAUUAAAUGACGGCAGCAGCAGCCCU